UUAUGUCGAAUUUUCUAUCCGUGAUAUUAGCCAUAACAAAAAAAUUGUUACCACUGGGUAAAUAGUUUUCGCCAGUGUUAUAUUUCCUGUGUGUCUCCGUUUUCUGAUUUUGUGCGUCGGUUUCCAAAGGAUUUUCUUACGUGAAUUUAUAUCACACGACUAGGUACCCAAACAGACACCAAGAAAAGAAAAAAAAACAGUAUCAACGAUGGCUGGCGAACAACAACAGUUUUUUCUCAAAUGGAACGAUUUCCAAACAAACAUGGUGUCUUCGUUUAAACACCUAAGAGAUGAAAAGAGCUUCACAGAUGUAACGUUAGCCUGCGAUGGACAGACGUGCAAAGCUCACAAAAUGGUACUGUCAGCUUGCAGUCCAUAUUUCAAAUCUCUAUUAGAGGAAAAUCCGUCCAAACACCCAAUUAUUAUACUCAAGGAUGUAGCAUAUAGUCAUCUACAAGCAAUUCUAGAAUUUAUGUAUGCAGGUGAAGUAAAUGUUUCACAAGAUCAACUCCCAGCCUUUUUGAAAACUGCAGAUCGACUUAAAGUUAAAGGACUGGCUGAGGCUCCUGGUGCCAUUAAACGAGAGGGUUAAAGUCUAUGCGUUUCUAGUUAUGAUAUUUUUUGGAGCGUGUGCAGACUGAGAAAAUGAUAUAAAAAAAAAAAAUGAUCGCGUAAACGUACACACAUAACAAGUACACGAAAUUCCACACAAUAAAAAAAACCAUGUGCACGACACAGUUAAUCUCUGGUUCAUGACUUGGAUCAACGAAGUCGUUGAUGUAAUAUACAAAUUAUUCUCAAUCUCGAUAAAAACAUUAAUGUUGUAUCGAGUCGUACACACAACUAAAGUAGAAAUGUUGAUGUCUGUCUUGAACCCAGUAUGUUACACUAUAACACUGAUUAUUUUUUUAAAAGCGAAUCUACCGCGGAUUUAUAAACAGAUAUGUGGGUCUUAAAAUACUUUAAAAAUAGGCUGUUCAGGGUAAUUUUGCGAAUCGAUGGAAGUAAUCGAAUUAUCCCUUGGGGCGAGAGUUUUUCUUCUUUUUAUAUUUGUUUCCUUGAUGAAAAAAGUAAUCAACCCUGAUAUUUAAACUGUAUCCAUUGAAAGACUGAUUUUUUAAAAUAAAUUUUGACCCUUUCUGCAAGCUUUGAUUUUGCGAAAAAAUAAAAUUUUCUAAGCAAAUAAAAUUGUAACUUUUGAGGGUGUUUAUCGUUUAUAGCCACUAGAUUUGCAAAAUACCUAACAAGGCCAUCUUUUUUGAAUUUCAAGUUUACUGGAUGUUAAUUUUUUUUUUGAAAUUUAAGAUUAUCAAACUUGAAAUACUCCUUUCUGUGGCUUAUUGUAAAACACCUCAAUUGUACAGCAAAAGAAACGACUGUAAAACUUUUUUCGAUUUUUUAUCACUAUUUCCAGUAAUCUUGACUUUCCCUAAACCAAAUACUGCCAGUUUCUUUUUUUGUACCGGCGUAUUGACAUUAUUACGACCCUACAGCGAAAAAACGUAAGUAAGUGACAUUAGAGCUUAAGGUUCAUUUUCGUGUGUCUAAACUAUAGGAAUUUCGACCUGAGCGAAAAUUUUACUAACCUACGUUUUUUCGAUUUGUAGGACAGAAUAACCGAUAGACCAAAUUUAUUUAUGAUAAUAAUAUAUUGAGGGUUGGUUGUCCUGAACCAAGGGAAAUAUUAUUGUAACAUAAUGGCGGACGAAUUUUUUUGUAAAGCUGGAGCGCACAGUUCCUUUUUACUUCUCGGGUACAACAACUUAUUUACAAUAAAAAAAAAAACAAAUAUCUACGAACCAUAGAUCGACAUUAAAAGCAAUCCUAGAAUAUUCUUCUUUCAACGAUUAAUUGUAACUAUUUGUUUAUAUAAAAUUAAAAAAUAAAAAAAAAAUCAAUUAUUUUUUUGUGCUUAAGUUAAACAUUUGUUGCACAGAACGUGAAAAAAAAUUAUCAUGUAUCAUCGUUUUUUUUUUAUAAAUUUCGAAAUAUUUUCAAGAAGUUGACACGAUAGACAAAAUUUUUGUUACGAGCGGAGAAAAGUAAAAUUGUUGUCUACAAUUAUUAUUACAAGAGUUUAUUAUCAUAAUAGUUAACAAUUAGUUUUCUUUUUGUAAUCGACAUUUCAUUUUUCUCCAAAUGAAGAAGAUUCUGCAAUGUGUGAAUUUUGUUUAUAAAACAAUUCUUUUUUUUUUUCUUUAGAAUAGAGACGAGAGUCGGCCAGCGAGCCCUCAAAAAGCCGAACAGGUUUUAUACUUGUUAAAAAAAAAAUCUCCACGUAAUCUGUUUUCUGUAUAUUGUGAAACUUCCGUAAUUGCUUUUUUUAAUAUCUCUUGAUCCUAAAAAAAAAGAAAGAAAAGGAUCGUCUUCGCUGUUAAUGCGAAUGGAAAAAAAAUGAUGAUUUAAAAGUGAAAUAUCGUAAUUUCUCCUCAAUUUAUUGUAAGUACACGAUUCGUCUUUUAACUGUUAAGAGUUACUUUUACUAUUGACUUAAAUAUUGAGGAUUAUGAUAUGAAGAUGUUGAGAUAUAAAAUAAAUUGUGUAAAUAUACAA